CAUCAAUAUUCAAUCCACUUUCCAUAGCUAUUUUCUGGCUUCAGAUGUGACAUCUACAUACAAUACUCCUCUCGUCGGACAUCUUCUCCAAACCAGUACAUUCGUUCUCGUGGAGCGUCGAAAUACGGAGUACAUCAUCGCCAUCCUCUUCUCAAUUUUUCCAUCCUCCUUCUGCCGAGACCGUUUUUCCCUGUGUCUCUAGGUAGCCCACACGGAAAUCCCGCUCGACUAGGUAGACUAGGCCUCGCUGGAUUUCACCAUCCCUGUGCAAUCUUGCAUUCAGUCUCUGCUGGCCCUCGGACUCGCGUGGCACAACUCUCUCGCCGAGUAGUCGUACGCACGCCGUGUCAAUCCGGUCCAUAUUACUCCCGCAAAAGCAUCGAGCAAGCCUCUGCGACUCGAAAAUCUUCUCCAGGUCGUUGCUCCCUGCGCCUCAUACCACUCACUACACACCCCUGUCGGCCCUGAAACAAAUUCUCGUCAGCAACAAAGAUCGCCUGCCGCUCCCCGCCACUCACUUCGAGCGACCAUACCAGCGGAUUGCGCGUCGGACUUGCCAGAUACCUCGCACGGCGUUUGCAUAGUUCUUCCAUCACCUCCUUCGCUACCACGCUCACUUUUCAAAUUACUCUACGAAUAUCUCUCUACACGCGCUCGCUUUCUCUCAAUCUCAUUUCGCCAUCUAAUUAAUCGGAGGACAUCUUCCUUACUUGAAAGACCCGCUCUCUGCCAACUAUUCCCAGCACUGAGUUGAUCAGUUCCACUUAGCUGCUUCGCUAUCAGCAAUCUCCACCAACGCAAUCGAUACCGCCCGUACCUGCCUCCAUGACAACCAUGUCGCAGGCCAGUCCAGAGACCCGGCCUCGCGCCCAUACGUCUAUGAGCUUUUCCUCCCAACGAACUCACAAAAGUAGUGCCUCUGGACACAAACUCGAAUUGACAGAAAGUGAAAAAGACAAGAAGAGACUGCACACCAAGGCCGAUCCUUCGAGGGCUCUAAGUGAGGCGACACCUGCGGAACAAGCGUUAGAAGCGGCUACAGUUGAGGAUCUACGCGGAAUGACACACAAGGAUAUGGACGGCAACGUCAUCACCGACCCUGAUCGUUCAAACCCAACUCGAUAUCGCCUGGAGCGACCCCUUGAUACGAUUCGCUCGUUCAACGCUGCAGCAGAAGGUACAAGCUCGCGUCGUUCUUCGUUCAACAGCAGACCAUUUUCUCAAAUGGGACAUCCAGGUGAUACGAGUCGCAGAGCAAGCUAUUAUUCCGCCAACGGUUUCUCUCCACAAGCCAGACCUCGACCUUCACCCAGCGGCGGAUACUAUCGUAACUCAUCCUACGGUUUUGGCCCUCAAAGCUCAGUCGAGGAAAGCCCUGGCGCUUCUCAGAUGUACGGCAGGCGACAGAAUUCUUACUACGGAGCCCCCAACGGGCCUCAGAACGGAUAUCUCAAUGGCUAUCAAAAUGGCUACAAUGGAGAAAGUCCGGUUUCUGCACAUUCCUACCAACAUUCUUAUGAGACCAUGACUUCGGGUUCAGAGGAGUAUGGAAAGUCGACCAACCCCAGUUCGCAAAAUAGUUCUUUCGACCAGUUGCAUCAACUUUCACGCCCCAAGCCGGAUGGCAAUGACAGAAACUAUAGUCCGGAGAAUCCAUAUGCAAAUGAACUCAAGUUCAGCCAGCCCGCCGUCACGAACAAGCCUUUUGCACCAUACAACAUGAAUGACGGCAUGUAUGCUCAGAACAGUGUCCCUGUCAACAUGGCUCCCAACAACCCUCGCCAGCCUAUCAAACUCGGAGGUUCUGGAGAUGGUAUGGAUUCUCCCCCGGAGUCACCCCAAAAGAAACAGAGCUGGAUCAAGCGAAGAUUCAGUCGACGUGACCAUUGAUCGGAGGAAAAUUUUAUUUUAUGGACGCUCGCUUUCGAUGAACAUUUUUGGCGUAUUGGAAUUGACAUACGAUGGCCUUGGGAACACGUUAUCUCGCAUUUGCAUAUCACAAACAUGCGUGGCGGAAGGCGGCCAAAUAUUAUGAAUAAUGUCUGAUGUAAUCUCCAUGGCGACUUGAUGAUGGAUAACGACAAGACUCCCUAGAGUUGGUUGUCAGGGAGAGCUGGAGGAGAUAAUCUUGGCAGGAUGAGAGUAGCACGGGCUCAUAUUGGCUCGUAAAGCUCAAGAUGCAGACUUGGUCUCAGAUGCGUUCAUAGACUGUACUUGACCAAGGAUGGAAUUGCACCGCACUCAUUUCGCGAAGCUGAACUCUACAGCGAAGAUGCCGUAUGCGUAGAUCAUGCUGCCUCGGUGGUUACUGAGCCUUCUUUCGUUUGUUCCCAGCCUCGGCCUUUUCAGACUGAUCUUCUCUCAUAGCCAUGAUGAUAUAGGCUAUCAAGACGACAUUCGCCAUGAUGGCGGCCAAAGCGCCAGCCCAUACGGCUUUGCCUAACAUUACGUU